AUGUUGGUGAACUUGAGAUACCUUGACAUAAGUCGUAUACGCAUAGAGAGAUUACCCAAAGGAACAUUGGGGGCUUUGUUAAACUUGCAGUGUCUUGGAGCUGGGCUAGUAAAUGGAGAAGAAAUUAUAAAAUUGUGGGCAUUGGAGUCACUUAGAUGCUUCUUUGACGAUGUGGAUGAUUUCAACAAGUUUGUGAGGGUGUUUAGUAAGCGAAGGAAUAACCCUCCCUAUUACGAGAUCAGCGUGCAUCAUGAAAAUUUUGCGCCUUCUUCCCCAAGAGGUGUUGAUUUUCUAAUUCACUAUUGUGAGAGGAGUGUCCACAUUAUGGCGAGGAGUCAUGCUAUUGUGAGCGCGAGAGGGGAAAGUAGUGGUAGUGGCAGUGGCAUUUGUAUUUUGAUUCCCCAAGAUGUGUGGAAUUUGACAGCGUGGUUUUGCGACGGUAUGACAAAUUUGUCUAACAUGGGUCCACUUGAAAAGCUUGAGAGGCUAGAUAUAAGAUGGUGGAGCAACUUGCAAGUGCUCUGCGGAGGACAAGAUGAAGAAUUAAUCGACAUCCAUGACUCCCUUGCCCAAACCCCCACCCCUCUCCUCUUCACAAGCCUUAGGUAUUUAGAAAUAAAUGAAUGUCCAAAACUGAAGUAUCUCUUUGGGCAUGAGCCUAGAUUCUCCCUUCCGCAUCUACAAUACAUUCAAAUAUGUCGUUGUGUGGAAAUGGUGGGGAUGAUAGUGGCAGCUACAUCACCACUACCGUAUCAACCCCCAGCCUUCCCUAGUCUAGAAGAGAUAAGAGUUGGGUGGUGUGAUAAAAUGAAGAGAGUGGUGGAAUUUGAGUGGCUACCCCACUUCCCUAAUUUGAGAAGACUCACCGUAUGGGAUUCUGAGAACAUGGAGGAGAUAAUCGGAGGUCUUUCCUCAUACAUGUCAGUUGAAGAGACUCCUAUAAACAACACCCCUUCAUCCUCCCAGUCUUCAAUUUCUCUCCCAAAGCUGAAUUCCUUGUAUCUAUACAAUCUACCCCAGUUGAAGAGCAUAUGUGAAGUCCCAAUAACUUGCAAUUCCAUGAAAUAUUUGGAGGUGGUCAGAUGCCCAAAACUAAACAGGAUUCCUUUGGAGCUGCAAUUACGUGAUAUUGAGGACCUUCCGUAUAUUGAGGUGGAAGGUGAGGAAAAGUGGAAGACGCUGAUAUGGGAUCAUCCCAAUGCUCAGGCUAUUAUUCAAUCUCAUCUCCUUUUCAAGAGCAGUUGUUGUAUUCUAAAAGGCUGGCGCAAUUCACGUGAAUUAUUGAUAUAA